AUGGAUGAUGAAUUUGUCUUUGAUGGUGAGGAUGAUGGCGAGGAUGACGACAAUGCUUCAAUGAUGGACAUGUUAAAUGAUGUUCAAGGGCCUUUACAUAUGGAGAUAGAUGAUGAGACAAGUAAUCAUGGUGACAGUACACAUGCUAGCAAAUAUGAUUAUUUGUUUGGCGAGGCCCAAAGAGAACUGUACCCGGGUUGUACAAAGUUCUCAGCAUUAAGUUUUAUUUUAAAGCUAAUGCAUAUAAAGGUACUUGGUCGUUGGAGCAAUAAAAGUUUCAACGCUUUGUUGAAAACGCUAAAAGAUUCUCACCCAAAUGGAGCAGCUAUUCCAUCAUCGCAUUAUGAAGCCAAAAAAAUGUUGCGAGAAUUGGGUUUGGGGUAUGAAUCUAUACAUGCUUGUAAGAAUGAUUGUGCAUUGUUUUGGAAGGAGAAUGAAAAACUUGAUAACUGUCCCGAGUGUGGUGAGCCAAGAUACAUGUCUAAAGAAGGAAAACGCAAAAAGAUUCCACAAAAAGUAUUGCGUUAUUUUCCAUUGAAACCUAGGCUGAAAAGGUUAUUUUUGUCUAGACAUACAGCAACUGAUAUGAAAUGGCAUAAAAUAAAACGCAAGAAUGAAGAGGGUUUUCUUAGGCAUCCGGCUGAUUCUAAAGAAUGGAAGAAGUUCGAUGAGGAGUAUCCUGAUUUUGCUGAAGACUGUAGAAAUAUUAGGUUGGGGCUUGCUACAGAUGGUUUUAAUCCAUUUGGAAAUAUGAGCACUAGUUACAGUAUGUGGCCAGUUAUGCUAGUACCAUACAAUUUGCCACCAUGGAAAUGUAUGAAAGGGAUGUUUUCUAUGAUGUCAUUGCUUAUUCCCGGUCCGCGAGCACCUGGAAAAGACAUUGAUGUGUAUCUUCGUCCAUUAAUAGAUGAACUGAAAGAAUUAUGGGAGGUUGGUGCUGAAGCUUUUGAUGUUUCUACAAAUCAAAAUUUUACUUUGCGAGCAUGUGUACUGUGGACUAUAAAUGACUUUCCGGCAUAUGGAAAUUUAUCAGGUUGGAGCACAAAAGGAUAUAAAGCUUGUCCUGUGUGUAAUGAGGAUAUAACUUCAGAUGGUUUGAGAGGAAAAAUAUGUUAUAUGGGUCAUCGACGAUUUUUGCCUGAAGAUCAUGAGUGGAGAAGGAGUAGAGAAUAUAAUGGAAAGAUUGAAGACCGAUCUGCUCCCAGAUUUUUUUCUGGGGAUGAUAUAUUAAAGCAAUUAGAUCGAGUUUAUAAAGCUAAACCAGGUAAACAUCCCAAUAAUCCGGAUUUAAGGCGACAACGUGAGCCACAUGAGUUGAAUUGGACAAAAAAAAGUAUUUUUUUUGAGUUAGAGUAUUGGUCAAAGCUUCAGUUGAGACAUAAUAUAGAUGUGAUGCAUGUUGAAAAGAAUAUUUGUGACAGCGUCAUUGGAACUCUAUUGGAUAUUGAUGGAAAAACAAAAGACACAAAAAAGGCUCGUUUGGACCUAGCAGAUAUGAAUAUAAGGAAAGAACUGCAUCUCAAACGUCAAGGAAAUAAAUUGAAGAAGCCUCAUGCUAGAUAUACAUUGAAAGUGGAAUUUCGUAGACUUCUGUGUAGAUUCUUGAAAUUUGUCAAAUAUCCUGAUGGGUAUGCUGCAAAUAUUUCAAAAAAUGUGAACAUUAUUGAUGGAAAGAUACAUGGAUUAAAAAGUCAUGAUUGCCAUGUUUUGUUACAACGUCUUCUUCCGGUGGGUAUUCGUUCCUAUUUGGACAAGGAUGUGCGUACUGCACUAGUUGAGCUAUGCAUUUUCUUUCAGCAAAUAUGUGCAAAGACUUUAAAAGUGUCGGACUUGGAAAGAAUGGAGAAAGAGAUAGUUCUUAUAUUGUGUAAACUUGAAGGAAUCUUUCCACCAGCCUUCUUUGAUGUGAUGGUGCAUCUAGCAGUCCAUUUACCCCGAGAAGCUAUACUAGGAGGACCGGUCACCUUUCGAUGGAUGUAUCCCAUUGAAAGAAAUUUAGGGACAUACAAAAAAUAUGUUACAAACAAAGCUCGGCCUGAAGGUUCCAUUGCAGAGGCUUAUAUUGUCAAUGAAGCGAUUACGUUUUGUUCAAUGUACUUUCGCGGGAUUGAAACACGUUUUAAUCAAGAAGAACGGAAUAUUGAUGUAGUACACAACCAAGAAGAUGGUGGCUUAUCAGUUUUUUCCCAAAAAGUUCGUCCAUUUAGUGGGAAGAAAUAUGUAUUGCUAGACCAAAAAGAAGUAAAUAAAGCUCAUUGGUAUGUGCUAUACAAUUGUGAAGAAGUCCAACCAUAUCUCAAAGAACACGAGGCUGAACUAAAGCAAACAAGUAAUGCCAAUUUAUAUAAAAGACAAGAAGAAGAGUUUCCUACUUGGUUUGAAAAACGAAUGAGUCACUUAGUCCAAAGUGGAUUGGUGGAUGCAACUGAUCAACUUUAUUGUUUGGCUUGUAAACCCGAUGUGCGUGCCCAUACAUAUACUGGUUGUAUUGUUGAUGGGGUUAGGUUCCACACAAAAGAUCUAGAUGAUCGUCGCACCACACAAAAUAGUGGUAUAUAUGUCCCUGGAGUUUUUGUUGGUGGAACACAUGAUUAUUAUGGUGUUUUGCUAAAUAUUGUGAGAUUAAGUGAAGCGCAUCAAGUGUUUUAUUUAGAUGAUUAUAAGUUGGGCCCUGAAUGGAAAGUUGUCCAAAAAGUGCAAAUGAGACAUGUAUGGGAUGUCCCAGAGGUAGAUGACGAGGAUGAAGAGGUAGAUGAGGAAAAUUUUGAUCCAGUCGUGGCUAAUAAUGAUGUAUAUCAGCAAGAUGAAUUCAAUGAAAUUCAAUGGUCAGUUCAAGAAGAGGGUCUUGAAAAUCCUCAAUUACAUCAAGAGGAUAUUGAGCCUGAAGUCAUUGCUUCAAAUGUCGAGAGUGACGAAUUGAUAGAUGAUAGUAGGCUUAAUGAUUUCAUCUGUGAUGAUGUUGAAGAAAACGAUACUGAUUAUGAUGACAAUGAAGAAAUCAUUUCAAGUGAUGACAAUAGUGAUUAG